GCGUUCGAUAUGUCAAUUUGUUGAUACCAAGCAGGAAAAAUGUUCUAGCUUCGGUCGCAGAAGAAUCGGAAUCAAUUGUGGUGCACUUGACUAUAGCUUCUGCCACAAACCUUGUGUGCUGAUCGCCAUGAGUGCUGAAGUAGCUGAAAAAGAAUUGCCGAACGAUGGGGAGAGUGUUGAUGAAGAAAAUAGUGCCGCUUCAGUCAAUGAACCAGCGGCAGAUUCGGCAUCGGAACAACAAACAUCUCCAUCAUCCAGGGAGGUAGAUUCCAAAACGGAAGAUAAAAAGUCAUCCCCCACCAAGAAUGGUGGUGCCGGUCUGCUUGGCUCAGCUCCAGCAAAACCGGCCAAUUCAGUUGUUACUGAUUUGUGGGUGGAAACGAAAACUGCCGACGGCAAAUCGUAUUACUAUCAUGCGAUAAGUCGUGAAACAACUUGGACCCGCCCGGAAGGUCCUAACGUUAAUGUGAUGACACAGGCAGAGGUGGAAGCUCUCAACAAGCAGCAGCUACUACAACCAAAGACAGCUGAACAAAAGGUUGCUGAGAAUGUUGCAAAUACCGCUUCGUCGGGGGUGCCGCCUAGCUCAGCCGCUUUACCCGCCGUCAUUCCAUUGCAUACUGCUGCAAUGACACGUUUCUCCGGGCCACCGCCGUCGUUUGGGAUGGCUCCGUUCGGUAUGCCGCCACCUAAUUUCACCAGCUUUCCUCCCUGGAAUCCACCGGCGGUCAAUAGCGGCCAGAAUUGGGCGAUGGGCCAAACUCUCCCAUUGGACGCAGCCAAGCAAGCCAUGAACGAGAUUAAGCUAAGCGAAAUUGACCCGGCAAUCGUUGCCAAGGCGACGGUUUGGAGUGAACACAACGCACCGGACGGUCGCAUGUUUUAUUACAACGCUUCCAAGGGGGAAAGUGUGUGGGAAAAGCCACAAGCGUUGCGUGAUUUGGAAAAAGCAAAAAUGGCGGUUUGGAGUGCAAGGCAGAAACCCAAAGUACCGCCCUCGGUUCCACCGUUCUUGGCUCCACCGAUACCGCCCCAGAUGCCGAUCAUGUCCUCAAUGCAAACGCCACCGUCCGCCGGACUGAAGAUACAACAGUUCCCAGCACCUCUUGCUACAGCCGUUGGGUCACCUAUGGGAGCUCUAUCCAAUCCGGGCGUGCGACUUCAGCAGAUGCCGGUGGCGGCCGGAGGUGUCGUGUUCGACCCCAUUACCUUUAUGGCGAAGAACGACAAGGCCGUGGCAGAAGAGGAACGAAAGCGAAAGCUGGAACAGGAAAAGAAACGCAAGGAGGACGAAGAAAAGGCUAAGGCAAACAAGCCGCAGGACAAAAGUCGUCCCAUUUCUAGCACUCCGAUCAGCGGCACACCCUGGUGUGUAGUUUGGACCGGCGACGGUCGAGUGUUCUUUUACAACCCUUCGACGCGUACCUCUGUCUGGGAACGGCCGGAUGAUCUGAAGGAGCGGGCCGAUGUUGACAAAGCAGUACUGGUGCCUCCACAGCAGUUGCUCGGCAUUGUUGCAGCUAAGGAUAGUGAGAGGGUUAGCGGCAAAGGGCAACCGUUGACCGGGACAGCUUUCGCAGCUAGUAACACUGCAGCCGAAAGUGACGGCGCCAACAUCGCCAACAGUAGUAGUACUACCAACGAGCCUCGGACAGGCCCCACGGACUCGGAGUCUAGUGGAGAGGAGGAUGGCGAACAGCCGAGCAAAAAAUUAAAAUCCGACCUGGAAGCCGUCAUGAAAUCGACGCAUUCCGCUGGCAGCAAUCGUUCCGGAAACGAUCCGGAAAAGGAAGCAAUAGCGAUGGAAGCGGAGGCUAGGGCAGCCCGAGAGCGAACGCUCAUACCCCUGGAUGUGCGUAUGAAGUCGUUCCGGGAAAUGCUUCGCGAGCUGGAUGUGUCGGCGUUUAGUACGUGGGAAAAAGAGCUCCACAAAAUCGUGUACGACGCACGCUAUCUGCUGCUAACUUCCAAAGAACGCAAGCAAGUUUUCGAAAAAUACGUCAAGGAUCGUGCGGACGAAGAACGCCGCGAGAAGCGUAACAAAAUGCGCCAAAAGCGUGAUGAUUUCCGUGCCCUGAUGGAGUCGGCUCAUUUACAUGGAAAAGCUUCAUUUAGCGAAUUUGCCCAGAAGUAUGGGAAAGAUGAACGGUUCAAAGUGAUUGAAAAGAUCCGCGAGCGUGAAAGCUUAUUUAAUGAGUACAUUGUCGAAGUAAGGAAGCGUGAAAAGGAGGAAAAGCAGCACAGAAAGGAGCAGAUCAAAAAAGACUUUCUUGCUAUGCUACGUGAAAGAGGGGACAUUAAUCGUCAUACACGGUUCAGUGACAUACGCAAGAAAAUAGAAAGCGAUAGCCGUUUCAAAGCAAUCGUAGAACACUCCCAGCGCGAGGAGCUGUUUGAGGAGCACAUCAAAGUGCUGAAGGAAGAGAAACGGAAAGCAAAGGAGAAGGAAAGGGAAAAGGAGCUGAAGGAGCGGAACAACCAUCGCAACGAGCAACAACGCGGUUCGCGCCGAUCGCGAGAUCGUUCCCGUGAUCGGCGAAGUCGUUCUGCUGAGCGGGAUGCAAAUCAAACGGCAAAAGGCACGAACAAUGAGGAUGGUACCGCGGCGAAGGACGAAAGCAAGGAGGACGAGGACGAAGGCGAGGAUUGCAACACGUCCGAUGAGGAUGAAAUCGAGAGGCAGCAGAAGGAACGGGACCGGAAAGCGAGAGCAGAGGCCAGUAUUAAGGAGCGAGAGAAGGAAGUGCAGCGUACGUUGGCCACUCACCUGCGCGAUCGAGACAAGGAGCGGCAGCACCACCAGCGGGACGAAGCGAUGCGUCACUUUAAUGCAUUGCUGGCAGAUCUAGUCCGUAAUGCAGAUCUUACGUGGAAGGAGGUAAAGAAGCUGCUGAAGAAAGACCAUCGCUGGGAACUGAUUGCCAUGCUCGAUCGUGACGAUCGGGAGAGACUGUUCAACGAGCACAUUGCCAAUCUGGUGCGCAAGAAGCGGGACAAGUUUCGCGAGAUGUUGGACGAAAUUCCGUCCCUGGAGCUGACAUCGCAGUGGAAGGAAAUAAAGAAAAUCAUACGCGAUGAUUCACGAUACCUUAAAUACAACAGCAGCGAAAGGGGCGAGCGAGAGUUUCGAGACUACAUCAAAGAUAAAACGGCGAGCGCAAAGCUUGCGUUCCGGGAGCUGCUUCAGGAGUGCAAGUUUAUCACGCAUAAGAGCUUCGAGCUGUACCGCGAAAAUGCGAACCAUCUCCGCGAGGUAGAGGACAUACUGCGCAACGACCGUCGCUAUCUGGUGCUGCACCAUAUAGCGGCCGAACGGACUCAGAUGGUGUUGGCCCAUUUGGAGGAGUUGCACAAGCGUGGACCACCGCCACCGCCGACUGCUAGUGAAUCGUUACGCCGUAAGUAGAUUGGCACAGCAAACCAUCGGGGCACUUGUAUGUGUUGAUUGCGGUAGAGCAGAGUUAGCAAACCAGACUGCGACGACUUUUGUGUGGAUUAAACCGAUUAAAAACGCAUUGGAUUGAAGUAGUUUGGAACCGUAA